AAGCAUUGUAAUUAAUACUCUCGUAACAAUAUUUACAUUGAAUCUUCAAAAUUUGUUAAGAAUUAUGGAGACGCUUACCAAAAAAGAAACCAUCGCCUUGCGUGACAAAUUUAUUGGUAAAUCCUGUCAGUUAUUUUUCCGUAAGGAUCCUCUAAAAAUCGUAUCAGCUAAAGGACAAUAUAUGUUUGAUGAAAGGGGUGAUGCUUAUUUGGAUUGUAUUAACAAUGUUGCUCAUGUUGGCCACUGCCACCCUGCAGUGGUAAAGGCGGGUUGCGAGCAAAUGUCAACCCUUAACACUAACAAUAGAUUUUUGCACGACAACAUCGUUCUUUGUGCUCAAAGACUAGUCAGCACUUUACCCGAAGAACUUGAAGUUUGCUUUUUCGUAAACUCUGGCUCGGAAGCCAACGAUUUGGCUUUAAGAUUGGCUCAAAUUCACACUGGAAACAGACACGUCAUCGCCCUUGAGCAUGCCUACCACGGCCACUUGACUUCUUUGAUUGAUAUUUCGCACUAUAAGUUUAACCUUCCUGGAGGACCAGCUCAAAGGGAAUACGUCCAUGUGGCUAGUUGCCCAGAUUCUUACCGUGGCAAAUUUAAUGAUGCCAAAGACGAAAAAUCCAAAAUUGGAGAACUAUAUGCUAACGAAAUUAAAGAUAUUUGUGAUAAUGUUAAAACCAAAUUUGGAGAAGGAAUGUGUGCUUACAUAGCUGAAAGUAUGUUGAGCUGCGGAGGACAAGUAAUUCCACCACCAAAUUACUUUGAAAAUGUUUAUAGGCAUGUCAGAGCUGCUGGUGGAGUCUGCAUUGCCGAUGAAGUGCAAGUAGGUUUCGGACGUAUCGGUAAACAUUGGUGGGCCUUCCAGCAAUACGAUGUGGUUCCAGAUAUCGUAACUAUGGGUAAACCCAUGGGUAAUGGUCAUCCUGUAGCCGCCGUAAUUACCACCAGAGCCGUGGCUAAUAGCUUUUUGAAUACAGGAGUGGAAUAUUUUAAUACGUAUGGUGGUAACCCAGUUUCUUGCGCAAUUGCAAAUGCAGUAUUUGACACAAUUGAAAAAGAAAAUCUAAGAGAACAUGCUUUGGUCGUUGGAGAAUAUUUAUUGGACAGUUGUCAAAUGUUGAAGAAAAAACACGUUUGUAUUGGAGACGUACGUGGAGUCGGACUUUUUGUGGGAAUUGAAAUUGUUAAAGAUAGAAAUACCAGAGAAGCAGAUUAUGAAACUGCCACAUACAUUGUUUCAAGAAUGAAAGAGGAACAUAUUUUACUUAGCGUAGACGGUCCUGACUGUAACGUCAUCAAGCUAAAACCACCAAUGGUAUUUUCCAAGGAGAAUGUGGAAGACGUGGUGACAACCCUUGACAGAAUUCUAAAAGAAGUCCGUCACAACAAGGAAGAAAGUUUUCAUCAAAAUCGUGCCACCAGGCCUAUUGGUGCCUCUACCGAGGUUAUCAAGGAAACACCCAAUAGAAAGCCAGGGUUGGAUGCAAGGAUUAAGUCUAUUUAAGAGGAGAGCUUCUUUAUUUAUUUUCAUAUUUCGUAUAAAAUUAUUUAACUAUUAUACCAUUUUUACAUUUUUCAUUAUAUAAAACCAAUGUUUUAAUUGGAUAUAUUUAGGAUUUAUUUUUUAUAUUAAGUUGUACACUUACAUGAAUAUAUUUUUCGUAUCU